UCUAGUGCAACAGCAACAGAGCAACGAAGUACGAACGCCGAACGGAAUAAAUAUACAGUUUUUGUUGUGCUGCAAGCUUGAAUGGCUUUUGAGCUUUUCGAUCGUUUUGCUUUUGACGAUCUUAUAUAGGUAUCAUACCUAUCAUAUAUUCAUAUUAAAUAUUUAAUUUAUCGUGUGUUGUAAAAAUUAUAUACUCGUUUAAAUAGUUUCGCAUAAAAUUUAUCCACACGAAAUCGUGGUAUCCAAAAUAAAGAAACCUUAUCACAGAUAGCUGAUACCCAAUUUAUCGGCAGUUCAAUGAGGCGAGCGAGUUAUGGAGGUGGUAGUCGAGGAGCACCAAGAGGUAGCAGCAGUAUGAACAGAAGCGAAAGUUAUAGUAGCCGUGGCUCAAGUUUUGGUAGCCGUGGCGGUGGAGAUAGUGAUGGAUACAGACGAGGUGGGCCAGGAGGAGGUGGAGGAAAUAGUUUUAAUAGCUUAAAGAGUAAGCAACCUGGCGGGGCUCUACGUAAACCUAAAUGGGAAAAUGAAACACUUCAACCUUUCCAAAAAAAUUUUUAUACGCCUCAUUCAUUAGUUUUAAACCGUCCUAGGCUAGAAGUGGAAAAUUAUGUUAGGGAAAAAGAAAUUUCGUAUGUCGGUAGUAAUAUCCCAGAUCCUAUAAUGAAUUUCAACGAAGUCAUUCUUCCAGACUAUGUUUUUAAUGAAGUAAAAAAACAAGGAUUUAACAAUCCAACUCCCAUUCAAGCAGUUAGUUGGCCAAUUGCGUUGAGUGGACGAAACAUGGUUGGAAUAGCUCAAACAGGUUCUGGAAAAACUCUUGCUUAUAUGUUACCGGCGAUAUUACACAUCAAUCAUCAGCCUCGUCUCUUACGUUAUGAUGGUCCAAUAGUUUUAGUAUUAGCACCUACUCGUGAACUUGCUCAGCAAAUUCAACAAGUAGCAGUUUCAUUUGGCACCUCUACAUUUGUUAGAAACACUUGUGUAUUUGGUGGUGCUCCCAAAGGUCCUCAAGUUGAUGAUUUAGAACGGGGUGUAGAAAUUGUAAUUGCAACACCUGGAAGACUUAUUGACUUCUUGGAAAGGAAUACAACCAAUUUAAAACGAUGCACAUAUUUAGUACUAGAUGAAGCUGAUCGUAUGUUGGAUAUGGGCUUUGAGCCUCAAAUACGUAAAAUUAUUGAACAGAUCAGGCCGGAUCGUCAAGUUUUGAUGUGGUCAGCAACAUGGCCCCCUGAAGUUAAAAAUUUAGCUGAAGAGUUUUUGGAUGAUUACAUACAAGUGAAUGUUGGAUCUUUAAAUUUGUCUGCCAAUCAUAAUAUCUCGCAAGUAGUCGAUGUGUGUGAUGAUUAUGAAAAAGAACAAAAAUUAUAUGCUUUGCUAACAGAUAUAUUUUCUCAACCAGAUAACAAAACUAUCAUUUUUGUAGAAACUAAACGUUCUGUUGAUAAUAUUGUGAAAUUAGUAAACCGGAAUGGAUGGAGAUCCAUUGGAAUACAUGGUAAUAAGUCUCAAAAUGAACGCGAUCACACGUUGAAUCAAUUUCGUUCUGGCCAAGCAAAUAUUCUGGUGGCAACUGAUGUAGCUGCUCGUGGUUUGGAUGUGGAUGAUGUCAAAUACGUAAUAAAUUUUGAUUACCCAAAUUCAUCCGAGGAUUAUGUACAUCGUAUUGGUAGAACUGGUCGUUCUAGCCGUACUGGAACAGCAUUCACAUUUGUUACCCCCAGCAAUGCUCGUCAAGCCAAAGAUCUCAUAUCUGUCUUACAAGAAGCUAAACAAGUGGUUAAUCCAAAGCUUUUUGAACUUGCAGAAAUGGCUGCUGCUGGAGUGUUUGGAAAGAUGGACCGUACCAAUCGUAGCCGUGAUCGUGGUGGACAAAAUAAUCGAGGCCGUGGUAAUCAUGACCGUGGUAGUCGUGGAAACUAUGGUAGUGGUGGCCGAGGUACAUAUAGAGGAGGAAGUCGAGGUGGUUACUUGGGUGGAAGUCAUAGUUCUAGUCGUGAUAGCUAUACAAGCGGAAAUCAGGGAGGUCGUAGUGGGUUUACUGGAACUAAUCCUGUUAGCAGCAUUAUGAGUAAUAAUAACAAUGGAACUGCUCCAGGUCGCGAAAGAGCAAGCAGAUGGGGGGAUAGCAAUAAUAGUCAAGUAACGCAGCACCAACCUACUAGUCAGCAUCAACCAGCAUUUGUGUCGCAACCGCCCGUUCAAAUACCUAAUAUGAGUAAUCCACCUCCUGGUUAUGCGAGUAGUUAUGGAUUCCAAGCGCCUCAACCUAAUAGUAAUUUUAGAGGAGGUUUUUAAUUUAUGACUUUGAUUUUUUUCUUUUAUAUAAUAUGUAUUAAUUAUAAAGCACUUUAUUUUCAAACCCAACUUUAUUAGAUAACAAUGGUGUGUUUAGAAAAAGUAAAUAAUAAUAAAAAUUUAUACCUGUGUAAUAUUACUUUUAGUAAAUUAUUGAUAAACUAAAUUAUGAAUACACUUAUUUAUAUUAUAUAAUAUAUAUUAUGUACUCAAUAUUUCUAACUAAAUUGUAAUUAUUUAUUAUUUGAAACUAUUAUUUUAUAAAAUUUUCAAGUUAAAUGAUAAAAUAAAUCUUCUGUUCCAAAUAGUAUUCAGUACUAAGUUUUAUGCUGGAUAGAUUUUCAUUUUCUAUGGACAAAAAAAUUGUUGUACUAAUGUUUUCACAUUUAGAAUAGUCUGUUUAUAAUAUGGAAAAAUUAAUGUUAAUUUUAAAAACAUUAUUCAUUCGUUUUAAAUUCAAAUAUAUUUCAAACUUAGGUUGUCA